AACCAACCUUUGUGGAGAAGAAGUGAAAGCAAAGAGAAACCCCACGUUUUUCUGUCUCACUCUUUCUCUCUCCUCUUCCUAAACCCCUUCUCCUCUGUUUUUAUUUUCCUUCAAUUUUUAUUUUUAUUUUAAUUUUUGGAUUUAUAUAUACUUUCAAAGGCGUAGCCGUCGAGGUCCUCGUUCUUCUUCUUCAUUCAGUAACUGGUAGAUCUCACUCUUUCCCUCUCUUCUUUUUUUUGGUACGGAGUUUAAUUUAUCCGAUCUUAAUUUAGAUCGGAAUUUUUGUAUUCUGUUUUUCCAGGAUUUGGUUUCUUCGAUCGAUUUUGAGAUCCAAGAAACUCGGCGAUGGCAGCAGGACAGGAUAGAUGGUUGAGAGGGAUGGUGAAGGCUGUUCCAUCAGGGGACACCUUGGUGAUUAUGGGUAUUGCCAAGAAAGACGAAAUUCCUCCGGAAAAGGCUGUGAUUCUAAAGCAAAUCAUAGCUCCUAGGCUGGCUCGUAGAGACGGAGAGGAUGAGCCAUUUGCUUGGGAGAGUAGAGAGUAUUUGAGGAAACUCUGCAUUGGAAAGGAGGUAGUUUUCAAAACUGAAUCAAAUACUUCAGCGAAACAGAUUCCGGGGAGAGAGUUUGCAUCUGUAAUGCUUGCUGAUGGCAGUGACGUUGCGAAGUUGGUGGUUCAACAAGGCUGGGCAAAGGUAAAAACACCAUCAAAGAAUGAAGCAAACUCUGAUUUUACCGAACUGUUGGCACUUGAGGAAAAAGCAAAACAGCAAGGUUUAGGCAAGUGGAGCGAGGUGCCAGGAGCUUCAGAGGCUUCUAUCAGAAAUUUGCCUCCAUCUGCCAUGGAUGCAUCCACUAAUUUUGAUGUAGUGGCUUUUACAUCUGAAAACAAAGGGAGAUCUUUGCAAGCAGUUGUGGAGCAGGUUCGUGAUGGUAGCACAUUGCGAGUCUACCUGCUUCCAGAGUUUCAGUAUGUUCAGGUUUUUGUGGCUGGCAUUCAGUGUCCAUCAAUGGGAAGGAGACCCUUUCCAGAGAGAAUUGUUGAAGCUGAAGUGAGUACAGAUGGACCCAAUGGAGAAGCUGCAACUGAACCUCGUGCUCCCCUGACGGCAGCUCAGAAGGUUGCUGCCUCUGCUGCUCCAGGUGUGGAGACACCCGCAGACCCCUUUGGGAGGGAAGCAAAACACUUCACAGAGACGCGUACUUUGCACAGAGAUGUACGUAUUGUCCUUGAGCAACCAGACAGACUCAAAAAUUUGGUUGGUUCUGUUUAUUAUGAUGAUGGUGGUGAAGUAAAGAACCUGGCCUUGGAGUUAGUGAAAAAUGGCUUAGCCAAAUAUCUUGAUUGGAGUGCUAAAUCUUUGGAAGCCAAGGACCAGAAGGAAUUGAAAACAGCAGAACUCGAGGCUAAAAAGAAGCGAAUCAAGAUGUGGACGAACUAUGUACCUCCUGCUACAAAUUCAAAAGCAAUUCAUGACCAGAACUUUACUGGAAAGGUGGUCGAAAUUGUUAGUGGAGACUGUAUUAUCGUUGCUGAUGAUGCUGUGCCGGUUGGUAGUCCAUUGGCUGAGAGAAGAGUAAAUAUCUCUAGCAUAAAAGCUCCGAAACUGGGUAAUCCACGUUGGAACAACAAAGGACCUGAAUCACAUGCUCGUGAAUCAAAGGAGUUCCUCCGCCAAAAGCUCAUUGGCCGUCAGGUGAAUGUUUCCAUGGAGUACUCAAGGAAGGUCCCUGUUGGGGGUGGUGCUGAAAAUGCAGCUCCCUCAUCUGAGUUUAGGGUAAUGGACUUUGGAUCAGUGUUCCUGCCUGCUCAAUCAAAGGGUAAAGGAGGUGAUGCAACAUCUGCUUCAUCUACGGUUGUUGGUCAGGAAAAUGGAUACAACGUUGCUGAAUUGUUGGUUGGCCGUGGGCUUGCUACUGUCGUACCACACAGAGACUUUGAAGAAAGAUCAAAUUAUUAUGAUGCCCUUUUGGUAGCUGAAGUGAAAGCAAAAGCUAACAGGAAAGGGGUCCAUGGUGAAGAAUCUCCCACAAACCACAUUCAAGACCUCACCACUGCUUCAGGGAAGAAAGCCAAGGACUUCUUACCAUUUUUGAAGCGAGUUAAGAGGCACUCUGCUGUUGUUGAAUAUGUACUCAGCGGUCAUCGGUUCAAGCUCCUGCUUCCUAAGGCAACUUGCAGUAUAGCAUUUUCUUUUUCAGGUGUGAGGUGUCCUGGACGAGGUGAACCUUAUUCAGAUGAUGCAAUUGCAUUCAUGAGAAGAAGAAUAAUGCAGAGAGAUGUUGAGAUUGAAGUGGAAACUGUGGAUAGAACCGGAACCUUCUUGGGAUCCCUUUGGGAAUCUAAGAUCAAUAUGGCUGCAGUGUUACUAGAAGCUGGGCUAGCAAAAUUUCAGAAAUCGUUUGGCACAGAUCGGAUAGCAGAUGCCCAUCUUCUUGCUCAAGCUGAAGAGUCUGCUAAACGCCAGAAGUUGAAGAUAUGGGAAAAUUAUGUUGAAGGUCAAGAAGUUGUGAAUGGAUCAUCAGCCCCUGAAAAUCGACAGAAAGAAGUUAUGAAGGUUGUUGUUACCGAAGUCCUUGGCGGAGGAAAGUUCUAUGUUCAAAAAGUUGAGGACCAGAUGGUUGCUUCUAUUCAGCAGCAACUUGCUUCCCUAGACAUCAAGGAGGCUCCAGUAAUCGGAAGCUUUAACCCCAAGAAGGGUGAUGUGGUUCUUGCUCAAUUUAGUGCAGACAAUUCAUGGAAUCGAGCUAUGAUUGUGAAUGUGCCCCGUGGUGAUGUUCAAUCCCCAAAAGAUGAGUUUGAAGUAUUCUAUAUCGAUUAUGGUAAUCAAGAAGUACUCCCCUACAGUCGUCUACGACCUUUACCUCCUUCUGUCCUUUCUGUACCUGGAUCAGCUCAACUCUGCACUCUUGCAUUUGUAAAGGUUCCUAGCUUAGAGGAGGAUUAUGGCCAAGAAGCAGCUGAGUAUUUGAGUGAGCUAACUCUUAACAGUUCCCGGGAAUUCAGGGCCAUGGUUGAGGAAAAAGAUACUUCUGGUGGAAAAUCGAAAGGCCAAGGUAGUGGCACAGUUCUUCUAGUGACCUUGGUCGAUGUAGAAGCCAGUUCAAGCAUCAAUGCUGCCAUGUUGAAGGUUGGACUUGCUAGAUUAGAAAAACUUAAAAGGUGGGAUUCGGUGGAGAGGAAGUCUGCUAUUGAUAACCUCGAAGAAUUCCAAGAAGAGGCAAAAAAGAGUCGAAGUGGAAUGUGGCAAUAUGGAGACGUACAGUCUGAUGACGAGGAUUCUGCUCCACCUUUGAGGAAAGCUGCUGGUAAGCGUUGAGCAAUAAUGACUGGCAGUCUGUUACCCAUGGAUUAGCUAUAGGGCGGGAUUACAACUUCCAGAGUAUGAGAUAUAGAGGAGGGAAAUGAAGUCUUAAAUUAAACAUUUUUUUUUCCGAAUUUUCUGAGUUGCAAAAUUUUGUUAUAUUUUACUUUUAUUUUAAAUUUCUCUUCCUAUAAUUUUUCGGACAAAUUAGUGGAUAAUAUCCUCCUCCUCCCCCUUCCCAUCUCUCUCGAUGCUUGAAUAAAGUGUCACAGCUCUCCUUGAGUGCGUUUUGUCUCCAUUCGGAGGCUGCAUCGACAAUUUUCUCAACAGUCUUGUUUAAUUUAUACCAUAUUUUGUAAACUAAAUACUAUCAAUGUAGGGCGUACUGCUUGUCACUUGAUUAAUUGAAGAAAUUCAAUAAAUGGCUAGCAGUAUGUAACGGUUUAGUUGCUGGUAAA